AGUAGGUACCAACUUUCUUAUAUAUCGUUACUUUAUUAAAUCUAUUUUCUAUUCCAACCCUGGCAACUACUUAGGAUAUCAACGUAGACAGACUCGAUGUUGACAUGACACCCUUGAAAAAUAAAAAUUUGCCAAUAGUCUGGAUAUCUGGACAGCAAAAUACCGGAAAGAGAACACAUGGAAAUCUUAUAAAGGAGAGGUUCGAUUAUGAGCAUAUCAAUACAACCGAACUGUUGCGACAGGAGGCAGCUAAAGAGACCGAGCGGGGAGUAAUGAUCAAAGAUGCAAUGAAUUUCAAAAAGAAAAUACCAGACGAUAUCAUCAUUGACUUAUUGAAAGAAUCUCUCCUAACUGCCACAACAGACAAAGGAUUCGUAAUCAGCAAUUUUCCCAAGAAUGCGAAACAAGCUGUAAUGUUCGUAAAAGAAAUCGGCAACGUCUCUUUUAUCCUCCACCUCUAUUCUGAUACUGGAUGUCUGAUAAACAGGGCCAAAGAGAGAUCUGAAGACAAUUUGAAUGAAGACAUUCUUAAAAGGGAUAUCAUAUUUGCCAGCAGAGAUAUCAGAUUGUCUCUAAUGAAAUUUACAGACAAAGUGGAAAAUAUCAACACCCAUGAUCCACCAGAUUCCGUAUUUGGUACUAUCGAAAGAGCUUUUACAGAAAGACUGCAGCUCGCCCCACCCAUUGCUGCAGAAACUGAUUACGUCCAACAGCAAAACAAUAUACAAGAGGAAAUUUAG